AUGUCCACCGCUGACUCGGAUGAAACUCGUCUCGCAUCCAUCUGCAAUCGGUGGAUCCCAUCCCCACCACCUCCCUACGGCCGCAAGCUCGACAAUGGCUCUAUCAAGCGCACGAGCCCUGCCGUAUUCAACCGUGGCGAUUUUGUCGAUGUCACGGCUGCCAUAGAGAUUGCGUCCAUUGGUAGAUCAAUCAGAGACCGCAAGACAGACGUCCACUUUACGUUCACCAGAAUUGUCCGUCUCCACACUGCCGAGGAGUUGACGACAUUGCUUGGACAGAGUAUCCCCGAUAUCGUAGACGAACCUAUAAUCCAAGAGCAGAAGUUAGAUUUUGAAGGAGAAGAAGCAGACGUCGUCCUUGCGUAA